CCCGCCUCAGUUGCUCCUGCUCCGGCCGCCUGCUGCCAUGCUGUGCCCGGUGCUGCUCUGUGCCGCUCUGCUCCUCCUGACUCCGCUGGAGAUCACAGAGGCUCGCGCUCUGCACCCCUCGCCUGAUGCUGUGCAGUUCAUGGAGCAGUUUAUGGAUCGCUACAAUGACCUUCUGACCCUGGACGACCUGGAGAACCUGCUGAACAGCCAGCCAGAGGAGCAGUCCACCUUCUCCUCCGGGGUCAAAGCGCCCGAUUACCCCAAAUGGGCCGAGGUGCAGACGCCGCCCGAGACGCCCUGGCUCCGCCUGCUCAAGGGCGCCCUGGUCAAUCAGAAGCGGGCAGAGCCGGACCGCUCGCGGAGGGGCUGGAACAGAGGGUGCUUCGGCCUCAAACUGGACCGGAUCGGGUCCAUGAGCGGACUGGGCUGUUAGUGUGGAGCCCGGAGGGGGGAAAAAAAAUGAAAAGACUGGUGGCAUCCUUCCUAGGUGAUCAGAAAACACAGGAGCAAAAAGGCGUCCGCCUGCAGAGAGGGGUGUUCACGUGUGUGUGUAGACUCUGUGUCGUUCAGUGUCGCUGUAGUGGUUUCAUCCAGUAGAUCAGACGCUUCAGUUUUAUUCCACGUGUAAGUAUUAAAUUGAAUAUUAGACCAUGUGAGCUGUGUUUACAUUAAAUGAACAUCCUUGGUUGUUUUUAAAGUAAUUUGGUAACUUCUGUAUUCCCUGCUGUCAGUGUGUGUGUUGUAACUGUAGAGAUGUUUGGAUAUUUUGUGGCCAGGAGAUUGUUGAUAUGUAAAAGCAGCCUUAAUGAGCAAACCUGAAGGCACCUGUAAUACCUGCUGUUUAUUUUUUAUGUUGAUCUAUGAUUUGCAUGAAUAAAUGGAUUUGACAUUU